AUGAAAUUUUUCAUUGAUGACCUCCCGGUGCUAUUCCCAUAUCCUCGCGUGUACCCCGAGCAGUAUGCGUAUAUGUGCGAUCUCAAGAAGACCCUCGAUGCCGGGGGUCACUGUGUUCUGGAGAUGCCCUCUGGCACCGGCAAGACAAUUUCGCUAUUGUCGCUAAUCGUCGCCUAUCAGCAGCAUUAUCCAGAACAUCGAAAGCUGAUCUAUUGCUCACGAACCAUGUCCGAGAUUGAGAAGGCAUUGGCGGAGUUGAAGGGACUCAUGAAGUAUCGUUCGAAGGAGCUCGGCCAUGAUGAGGAAUUUCGCGCCCUUGGUCUGACUAGUCGAAAGAACCUGUGUCUCCACCCAUCUGUGAAACGGGAAAAAAGUGGCACGGUGGUGGACGCCAGGUGCCGAAGCUUGACGGCGGGCUUUGUGAAAGAGAAGAAAGAGCGAGGGGAGGAUGUCGACUUGUGCAUUUAUCAUGAGAAUCUCGACCUCCUUGAGCCGCAUAACCUUGUACCCCCCGGAGUCUUCACUCUUGACGGCUUGACCCGUUAUGGAGAAGAGCACAAACAAUGUCCUUACUUCUCCGCUCGUCGUAUGAUGCCGUGGUGUAAUAUCAUCAUUUACUCAUAUCACUACCUUCUCGACCCAAAGAUCGCCGAGCGCGUGUCGCGAGAAUUGUCCAAAGACUGCAUCGUAGUCUUUGACGAGGCGCACAACAUUGACAACGUCUGUAUUGAAUCAUUGAGCAUCGACCUUAGUGAGGAUUCCCUUCGAAAGGCCACGAGAGGUGCCACGAAUCUCGAACGCAAAAUCGAGGAAAUGAAGAGUACCGACGCCGAGAAGCUUCAGAAUGAGUAUUCCAAAUUAGUGGAGGGCUUGCAACAAGCGGAACAGGCACGUGAAGAAGAUCAGUUCAUCGCGAACCCUGUACUACCAGACGAUCUCCUGAAAGAGGCAGUCCCAGGAAACAUCAGACGUGCCGAGCACUUCAUAUCAUUUUUGAAGCGAUUCAUCGAAUAUCUCAAGACACGAAUGAAAGUGACACACACGAUUUCCGAGACGCCACCCUCCUUCCUGACACAUCUAAAGGAUCUGACUUACAUUGAGCGAAAGCCGCUCAGGUUUUGCGCGGAGCGUCUCACUUCCCUUGUGCGGACUCUGGAGCUUGUUAAUAUCGAGGACUACCAGCCACUACAAGAGGUGGCUACCUUUGCGACCUUGGUCGCGACCUAUGACAAAGGCUUCGUGCUAAUUUUGGAGCCCUUCGAAUCCGAAGCGGCUACGGUCCCUAACCCGAUCCUGCAUUUUACAUGCUUGGACGCCGCGAUCGCAAUCAAACCAGUGCUCGACCGGUUCAGCUCCGUGAUUAUCACUUCCGGUACUCUAUCACCUCUGGAAAUGUAUCCAAAGAUGCUUGGCUUCACCACUGUGAUGCAGGAGUCAUACAGUAUGACACUUGCGCGGCGGUCGUUCUUGCCCAUGAUUGUCACUCGAGGCUCGGACCAAGCUCAGGUCUCCUCGUCGUUCGGUAUUCGUAAUGACCCCGGCGUGGUUCGAAAUUACGGUACUCUUGUGACCGAGUUCGCUCGUAUCACGCCAGACGGCGUCGUCGUCUUCUUCCCCUCAUACCUGUACAUGGAAUCGAUCAUCAGCAUGUGGCAGGGCAUGGGUAUCUUGGAUCAAAUCUGGAACUACAAGUUGAUUCUUGUUGAGACACCUGAUGCACAGGAAUCCUCGCUCGCCCUGGAAACUUACCGCACCGCGUGCUGCAACGGACGCGGAGCCAUCUUAUUCUGUGUCGCUCGAGGCAAAGUAUCUGAGGGAAUCGAUUUUGACCAUCAUUACGGACGUGCUGUGCUGUGCAUUGGUGUUCCCUUCCAAUACACUGAGUCUCGUAUCCUGAAGGCACGUCUCGAGUUUCUACGAGAGAAUUACCGUAUUCGAGAAAACGAUUUUCUGUCCUUCGAUGCCAUGCGGCACGCUGCGCAAUGUUUGGGUCGUGUGCUCCGAGGCAAAGACGACUACGGAGUCAUGGUGCUCGCCGACCGCCGAUUCGAAAGAAAGCGGCCGCAGCUUCCGAAAUGGAUCAAUCAAGCGAUGCUGGACAGCGAGACCAAUCUCAGCACUGAUAUGGCAGUUGCCAAUGCCAAGAACUUCCUGCGGACUAUGGCGCAGCCGUUCAAAUCCAAGGAUCAAGAAGGCAUCUCCACAUGGAGCUUGGCGGAUAUUGAACGCCAUGAAGCUAAGCGCAAGGCCGAAGAAGCUCGCAUGAUGCAUGGAGAGGUCGAUCCUGCUCACCGGGCGAACCAAAUUCCUUCCACAUUGGCCAUUAUCGAGGACGAGUACGAUGACGACGACAUCGACGCAGAUAUGUUGAUGCUGGAUGCCCAGUAA